AUGAGGUAUUUUGUUGUAAGGAUUCUCUUCACAACGUUAAUGAUUGGUAUCGCCGCUCCGAAUACACAUUCGAAGCAAAACCAUACAGCAUUAGGCACCAGAGGUUGUACACUGACAGGGACUAAUAAAGCUCUGUGUUCUAAAUCUGGUCACCAGUUGGUGUGCACUAGAGGGUUCACCAAUGAUUGGUUGACUGGAGUAUGGCACGAAAUAAGAAGUUUAAAGGUAGUGGAUUGGCCGGGUACUUGUUUUAACGUGAAUCGCUUGGAGUAUCAUUACCCUAACUUGAGAGAAUUAGGCUUUUACAACUGCACGCUCAUAACCAAGCUUAAAGGACGCUUCACAGCAGUAAGCAGAAUUGAGAAGCUCUCAGUGCACGGUUUGACAUCGCUAUGGGAAGUUCCAGCAGAAAUGGUUUCACAAAUGUCACAACUUAAAGUUAUUGACUUCCGAAGCAAUGUGCUUAGACACUUAAAAGCACCGCUAUUAAAAGGGCCAAAAAAAUUAGAAAAGGUCUACUUAAGUGAUAACAAGUGGGAUUGCAGUGAUGGUGGUCUCGAUUGGCUUGCCAUGGAACACGAGAAUGGUACCAUAAAACGAAUGAUUGGUGAUUAUUAUCUACUGGUGUGUCAUCAACAGCUUUACAGAGGAAAGCCUUUACACAAAGUCAUGGAUAUCAUAAAAAUGGUACGCGAAACUUGUCCACAGCCCUGCUUAUGCGCAAUGACUCAUGUAGUGACCGACCGAGUUGGUGGUAUCAUUCCGUUAAUCACAGUAGGCUGUGCGAAUAAGAAACUGACAGUUCCACCUACAACUUUACCACUUGGUGCAACAACUUUAAGAUUGGAAGGAAAUAAGUUAAAUACAAUUAGACCAUUGGUUCAGGAGCCUCAAUAUAGAAAACUUAUGGAUUUAUAUUUGGACAAUAAUAGUAUUCCGGCUGUUAAAGAGUUGGAAGGUUCUGAAUGGUUCACCACUUUCAGGGUACUGAGUCUACGAGGGAACUUUUUGAAACAGGUUAACUAUUGCUGUGUUACAUUAUGCAUUACAAUUAUUCGUAUAGUGUACUAA